AUGCCCGUGCGGCGCGUGCUCGCGGACGCGCGGGUGGAGGCCGACCGGGGCCGGGUCGCGGUCGAGCGCGGGCCGGUCGUGUACUGCGCAGAGGGGGCCGACCACGGCGGCAGCGUCAUGGACGUCUUCCUGCGGGACGGCGCCCCUCUGCCGGAGCCGCGGUACGAGGCGGGGCUGCUCGGGGGCGUCGUGGCGCUGCACGGCGAGGCGGAGUGCAUGACGGGGCGUGGCGAGGGCGGCGCCCCGCUCAUUGCCAGGAAGGCGCUGACGAUGGUCCCGUAUUUUGCCUGGGCCCAGCGCGCGCCUGGUCCCAUGGUCGUAUGGCUGCCCCGGACGGUGGAGUUGGCAGAGGUUCCUCCGCCAGCCACGCUGGCAACUGGAGCUGUCCCAAUCAGCAUUGCCACCGAACCGACGUCGCGGGGGCACGGACGCGGCCUUGGCGGCCAUCGUGAGCGGCCGCACGCCCUCCGGCUCCGCGGACCUGCGCGAGCCGAGGCUCUCGUGGUGGGACCGCCGCGGCACCCGGGACUCGGGGUGGGCGCAGCUGGACUUGCCCACCGCGUGCAUUGUCGCCGCGAUGGAGGUGUACUGGACGAAGACGACAGCAGUUGGCGCCCGGUUGAGCUCGCAGAGGGUAGCGAGUUCGGAAUCGCCCGCGACACGUUCAACCGAAUAGAUUUUCAGCCCGUGAACGCUGUGUCUGUUCGCGCCGUGGUGCAGUUACAGCCUGGCUUUUCUGGUGGCAUCUUGCAGUGGAGGCACGCAGUCAAUUGGAUCGGCAGCAACUUCGACUCGGCGGACGCUGCUGCAGAGUCUCUGGCGGAGGAGCGGGCGACAUCUAGCCUCCGAGCGAUACUGCUCUUCUUCUCGGUGCUUCUCCGCGGCAGUACAGACAGUAGGAGAGCCUGCGCCGCUGGGAGCAGCCUGGCUGGCGCAGGCACCUCCCCGCCGGUCUGCAGGACGGAUUGCUUCGCGUGCGCGGUGGCGUUCUUCGGGGAGCGCGCGCCCAAGGAGCCGGCGCAGACGCCCUCCUCGGCGAGGUCGGCCCAGAGCCGCCAGCUCGCGCUGCCAGCGGUGCCACCCACGCCGCGCACCUUCCUCGGCCCCAACGCCGCCCUGGUGAAGAAGUCCUGGCAGGAGGUCAAGGCCAGGGGCAGGACCGACGCGCUGCGGCGCCUGCAGGCCCACCGGCAGCAUCGGCUCCAGGAGCCGCGCGCCCGCCCCGAGCUGGCGGCGACCGCCUAG